AUCAGGCGUUUGGCUAAACUUGGUAUCCCUUGAAGCCAGCUGUCGGAAAUGAAGUAUAACCUAAAAUUAGUAAAUUUAUUUUCAUGCAGUAAAUAGUCUGUGUAUAACAAACAAUUUUCAAAAUGCCUCCAAAGAAGGAUACAAAAGGCGGUAGCAGAGAUAACAAAGCAGUGGGUAGUAAAAAAGGAGGUGGUGCAGCAAGUGAAGAAAAAGGUAAGGAAAAGAAAGGUGGAAAUGCUGUAAAAGUAAGACAUAUACUUUGCGAAAAGCAAGGCAAGAUACUAGAGGCUUUGGAGAAGUUGAAAGCAGGCCAAAAAUUCCCCGAGGUGGCAGCCGCGUACAGUGAAGAUAAGGCCCGUCAGGGUGGUGACUUAGGUUGGCAAAUUCGUGGUGCUAUGGUAGGACCCUUCCAAGAUGCCGCCUUCGCUUUGCCUGUUUCGAAUGUAACCAAUCCAGUGUACACAGAUCCACCCAUAAAGACUAAGUUUGGCUAUCACAUUAUAAUGGUGGAAGGGAAGAAAUAGAUAUGCAUUUUCUGUUGUAGAAUUAAAAAAAGCUUCAAUUUAAUAAAUUUACAAGAUUUUAUAAAUAUGCUUUAA